UCAGUUUGUACUCUGUGCUGAUCAUGGCGUUCUAUCAGGAGCUCAUUAAAGUCAGCUCUGAACUUGUGGAGCAACUACAGAGUUCAGGAUGUGAACUAACAAAUUCUUUAGAACGUUUAUCGACACUGCGACAACUGCACAGCAUACUCUGGAACACAAUACGUUCGAUUGAGAGCAACUUUGAGCUGAGUCUGAUUAUUGUGAUGCUCAAGUUCUUUGUGGACAUCUUCGUGUUGCCCUAUUGGAUCUUCAUCAAUGUGCAGAGUCAAAGAAAUACAGCUGUGGUGCAAUAUUGCGCCGUUGAGGAAGUAGUCAAAUUUCUCGAGCUGCUCAUACCCUUUAUGAUCUGGAAUCGCUGUGAACUGUUGCAGCGACAGUUUCGUUCCAUACUUCACAGUCUCAAUACGAAUCGAGUUGAUGGCCAACUCAAUGCGUGUCUCUGGCGUCUGUCAGCUCAACUGGGCCAAGAGAGUUGUCAAUUCAGCGCUGGUGGAUUUUUUGGUUAUUAAUAAUCAAAUG